CUGACGACAAAGGUCGCCUCCGGCUCGCCCUACCAAUUGGACCCUUCUCAAACUCUCCGUGCUGCUACUGCUCUGCUUAAGAAGAUCGCCAGCGACUCUGUUGCGCGCAAGGACAAUGGCGGCAAGGCCAACCUGCUCGAGGACGCCGACGAAGACGAGGACAGCGACGAGACCUCGACCACCGUCUGGCUCAACGUCACCACCAAGAAGCAUAUUGCCGAUCAACGCAAGAUGAAGCCCGGCAAGAUCAUCGUUCCCUUCCCUCUGCAGUCCGCCGCCUCGCCCUCUCUGCGCAUCUGCUUGAUCACCGCCGACCCCCAGCGCAAGUACAAGGACAUCAUAGCCAGCGAACGCUUCCCCGCCCAGCUCUCCUCCCGCAUCAACCGUGUCCUCGGCACCGAGAAGCUCAAGGCAAAGUACAAGACCUACGAGUCGCGCCGCCAGCUCUUCGCCGAGUACGACAUCUUCCUCGCCGAUGACCGCAUCAUCACCCGCCUGCCUGCUCUCCUCGGAAAGGUCUUCUACGGCACCGGAGCCAAGCGCCCCAUCCCCGUCGCCAUGCAAGGCAAGCCCGAGAACGCUCGCGAUGAGGCUGGCAACAAGCGUGUCAAGCUGUCCGAAGGCGGCGAGAAGCUCAAGCGCUCAGACAUCACCCCCGAGGCUCUGGCCCACGAGAUCGAGCGCGCCGUCGGUGCCGCUCUCGUCCACCUCGCACCCAGCACAAACGUCAGCAUCAGAGUCGGCAAGAGCAGCAUGACCGCUGAACAGGUUGCCGCAAACGUCGACACCAUCGUGAACGUCCUGACCGAGAAGUACAUCCCCAAGGGCUGGAGAAACAUCCGCUCCCUGCACGUAAAGGGCCCCAACACCGCCGCCCUGCCCAUCUGGCUCGCCGACGAGCUCUGGACAGACGAAGCCGAUGUGCUCGAA